AAACACGCCCACAAAGACAUUUCCGGUAAGUUUCUUCAAACUUUUGCAACUGUGGUUGUUACAGAGGUAAUAACAAGAAUGUGCCAAAUACGACCAAAUCCUAUGGAUCUAACGAAAUGCGGACUGGGGAUGGAGGAAGAGGAUGAAACGGACUGGAAGGCCGCUAAAGCCUGCUUUGACAACUUAAAAUCAAAAACACCGAGACCUCCCAAACCCAAACAUGCUGUGACUAUAGCCGUCUCCUCCCGCACAUUAUUCGACAUGGUUUCUGAGAGAAAGCUCUAUGAGGAAGAGGGGAUCGAAAAGUACGUGGCCCAUCAGAUAGAGCACGAGAGCGAUCCCCUCGCACCGGGCGCUGCCUUCCCCUUCGUCAAGGCGGUUAUGAACGUGAACUCACGGUUGAGGGAGCUUUACCCCGACAGCGAAGAGCUCUUCGACGUUGUGCUGAUGACCAACAACCACGCUCAAGUUGGAGUCCGCCUCAUAAACAGCAUUAAUCACCAUGGAUUGCACAUCGAGAGGUUCUGCAUGACUGGAGGCCAGAGUCCCAUUGGUUACCUGAAGGCCUACAUGACAAAUAUCUACCUCUCCAAGGACGCUGAGAAAGUCACGGAAGCCAUUCAAGAGGGCAUCGCCGCCGCCACGAUGUUCACCCAGGCGUCCCAGAACGAGCUCAGCGACACCCAGCUGAGGGUGGCCUUCGACGGCGAUGCGGUCCUGUUCUCGGACGAGUCGGAGAUCAUCGUGAAAAAGGGCGGUUUGGACGUCUUCUUCGAGCAUGAGAAGAAGUUUGAGAACACGCCUCUCGCACAGGGGCCACUGAAGUGUUUCCUGGAGGCCCUUGGCAAGCUGCAGAGAAAGUUCUACGCCAAGAACGAGCGUCUGAACUGUCCCAUCCGCACAUACCUGGUGACGGCCCGCAGUGCCGCCAGCUCUGGGGCCCGCGUGCUGAAGACCCUGAGGUCCUGGGGGCUGGAGAUCGACGAGGCUCUCUUCCUGGCCGGGGCCCCCAAAGGGCCCUUGCUGCAGAAGAUCAAGCCACAUAUCUACUUCGACGACCAGAUGUUCCACAUCGAGGGGGCCAAGGAGAUGGGCACCAUCUCGGCCCACGUGCCCUACGGGAUCGGACAGAAGUACAAUAAGGGCAAGCUCAUUGAGGUGCCCGCUAAAGAGUAGGGGUGUGAGGGCAAGGGGGCGGGCUCACUGCACUUUCUUAGCACUGCCACGGCUUUCUUUCUUACAUUUUGUCUUUUCAAUUAAAUGUACGACAUUCAUUAUUUUACAUUUAACAGUCUGAUACUGUUCCAGUCCGGGACAGUAUACACGCACACGCCUCGCAGACAACACAAGUUUAACACUUGUUGAAACUUGUUUUAUAACAUUCUUUAACGCACAGAACUAACUAAAUCGAGCUGUAUGUUCUUUUCCUUAUUGCUUGUUUACAUACAUUUUGUUGCAGGGUUUAUAUAUCUUUGUGUGUGUGUGUGUGUGUGUGUGUGUGUGUGUGUGUGUGUGUUUGUGUUUGUGCUCUAUUUUUCAAAGGGAACUUUUAUCACGGGUAGAACAUUUAUUUACGUUAAGGAUUAAUGCUGCAUUUGGAAUGUUACUGUUAUGAUGCAAAAAUAAUGCACACAUAUUUUCUAUACAUCAUAUUGACAUUUACUGUACUCGUAGAGUGUUCUGUAUUCCUAUUUUAACUGUUUUGUUCUCAAUACAAGUAUGUUUUAAUAGUCAGUCAUUGCGAAUAGUAAUAUAUAGAAAGAAUAUUGAAGCCAUUACCAGCUAUCACUCCAUUUUUCAAGUUACACACUAAGAUUGCAAUUGGAAGGCACUUCUGUGCGUGUUUUCUGCCCUUAGGCAGAUUAUGUAUGCCUGCAACACUGAUAUCAUUAGUUCUACCAGUUCUUACCUUACCUAUUUUGUAUAUGAUCAUGGCAAUUUGUUUUACCUUUUAAAUCUUUAACCUUUUAAAAUAAAUGUUUCACUUUUUAAACUUUCAAAGGUUUUCGCUGUGCAUCACGUUUACGGUCAAUAAAGGUUUGGAGAAAACUUGA